AUGUCCUCCUUAUGGUUUUUCCCUACCGUCAAGAAAAAGCUCAAGGUUAAAAAUCCAAGUUUUGUUCUGCGAUUCGUCGACUGGAAUUAUACACCACCACAAAAUGUGUGUGCUUCCAUGUGUCGAGCUGUAGACCCUACACUUCCAACGAGUGAAAGCAAAGAAUAUACACCAAAUCGAUUGGAUAUUUUUGAAAAUGGGUGGAUGGAAGACUCGACUACUAUUUUUGUUCAAGAAGUGGUGUUGGAUAACCAUAAUAUCAAUGAGAAUAUCUCACCCAAUAAAAAUACUAUCAAGGCUAAUUCCGAACAAGAAGAGGAAGACGAUGAACUUAUACGCGAAAACCAAUAUGUCUUUAUACAAAUGCCAAGUGGAAACAUUAAAGUUGUAAAAUUACAAAAGGAUACUACGGUAUCACUUGGGAAAUUCGGUACUUUUCACUCAAAUGACAUAAUAGAUCGUCAUUUCGGUCACUCUUAUGAAAUCUAUGAGGGUGAUAAAGUAAAGGUUAUUAAGAACAUUGCUUAUACCAAAGUUGAUGAGACGGACGCGAAUAAUCGUGACAUUAUGGAUGAUCCGUCAAAACAAAAAUUAUCAUAUACUGAUAUUGAGAACUUAAAGAAGGAAGGGAUGGAGGGUCAGGAAAUAAUAAAAAAAGUAGUGGAAAGUCAUUCGUCAUUCGAGCAAAAGACUGAAUAUUCAAAGGCAAAAUAUAUUAAAAGAAAAGAAGCAAAAUUCUCUAGAAUUUUUACCCCGUUAAGACCUACACUUUAUUCUGUAUGGGAAUACUUUUUUAGAAAAAAUCCCGGAAAAAUAAGAGAAAUGCGAAUAGAUACACUUUCACAAAUUCUUAGUUUAACAAAUGUCCAUGCAAAUAUUAAGAUUUUAGUGGUAGAUGAUACACAAGGUCUGGUAAUAUCGGGAGUGAUGGAAAGACUUGGAGGCCAUGGAACCGUGCUUGGAAUACACGAUAAUGAAAAUCACAAUUACGAUAUAGUUCGAUAUAUGAACUUUUCGGCAAAGGUUAACGAUUCGCUUAGAGUUCUCUCGUGGCAACAAGUUCUUGAUAAAGAUGAUGAAGAUGACGAAGAAAUUUCUUUCGACGAGAUAGACGAGACAACGCUAUCCGAAAACGAUCGAAAAGGAUAUCUUCGACGAAAAGCAGCGCACGAUAAAUUAAAAGAAACAAAACAAUUAUUGCUUAAUGGUGAAUUUGAUGGUUUAAUUAUCGCUAGUCAAUAUCAACCAGAAUCUAUAUUAGAAACUCUGGUGCAGUAUGUUGCAGGAUCGAGACCUAUCGUUAUUUACCAUAUCAAUAAAGAGGUAUUACCUGGUAGGACACACCCAGAAAUGUCAACGACCGGAGGUGGUGGAUAUAUUCUGUCAACUAUUCGAAUUAUAAUAGAUCAAAGUCUACCAAGUCCAAAACCAUCAUAUAUGAAAUUGAAUCAUAGUGGUAGCAGCAGCAGUAGUAGCAAUAAUUUAAUAGGAUCAUCGUCUUUUACAAAUAAUAUCAAUGACAAUAAUGAGGGUGCCGGAAAACGACCUAGAUUAGAAUAG